UGUUGACAUUUCCUUUUAACCUAACAAAAUUUUUUUAAUAACUAAGGCAUAAAGAUGAGUUUGAGUUAUUUAUUUAGAACUGUGAAAAGUUUUCUUCUGGUCUUAAAAAAAAUAAUUGUACUGUAUAAGGUUAGGAUUUUUAUUUAUUUCAACAUUAAAUGAUGUAAUAAUUUUAAGGGCAAAAUUUAAAACAGAUGACUAUAAAUUCCAGCAGUUAGUUACUCUUAACUUGAAGAUCUGGUAAAAAUGAAAAAAAAGUCUGCUGAAGAGUAAGCAUAGGAGUUUUUCUUAAAAAGUUUUGAAAUUUUUUUCUUUCUCUUCCUUUUGGCUCUUCUAGAAUGAACAAGAUAUAAACAAAAUUAAAUGCAUUUACUGUAUAAUUUUUGUCAUCACCAUAUGUAAAAACAAAUGGUCUGGUACUUUGUUUAAAACAAAGUAUAUUUACCCUCGAAUACUCUGAAGUCUUUUAUACUCUCGUGAGCUGGAAUCACAAUUUUCAUUUGAACUUGUUUCAUUUAUUUUACUUAAAUCAUGCUAUAACUAAAACAAGGCUUAUUCCAGUUAUUAAGUUAUAUUAUCCUGAUUAUGCUUUCUAGUUUCUAUUGUAUUUAAUGUUUUGUUUGCCUUAUAAUUGGACGUUUUAAUGUUUUGAAAUAAGCAUUUGAAAAUGGUUCUAUUGUGAGAUACUUAAGUUUUUAAUUUCUAACUAUAAAUUUCAUUUGUAUUAAAAUAAGUUUAAUUUGUAUUGAAACAUUUAUAUGGUUUGUUCAGUAAAUCUGUGUCUAUUCCAAGUUAAUAGACUUGGAAUAAAACAUAAUGACAUGGCUUUAUAGAUACGUUACUGAGGAUGGGGUACUUGCUACACAAAGGGUAUAAGUUACACCCUUGGCCCAGUUCACAAAAAUUCAUCUCAUAUGUGUACUAGAAAUCCUCUCUUAACUUUCAUGAGUUUUAGAUAUUCAUGAGACAAACCUUUAAGAUGGAAGACUAUUAAAAUAUACAUACAUAUACACACUUACACAUGCACACACGCACACACACACACAUAUUUAGUUGUUAUUUUGGGGCAAAUGCUGCAUAAUCAUUAGCCCAUUUAAUCCUUACAACUCCAAUGAGAUACAUAUAGCCAAGUGUUAUUUUUUUAAUGUAACUAAUUUUAAUAGGCUGUGGAAAUUUUCAUUUUGUCCGUUAGAACAUCUAGUUAUUUAAGGCUAUUUUACAUAAGAGAAAAGUCUGCUUGAGGUGAAAGAAAUCUUUGUUUAUUGUAGAAAAUUAUGAAUAUGUGCUAGGUGCCAUCCUGCCUCCAGGUAGCAUACAUUGUAGUGUGGGGUAUGCAUGAGUAAAUAGGCCUUUACCAUGAGAUUAGAAAAUGUUCAAUGAGAGAAAAGUCUCAUUAAUAGUUGUUCAGAUUGGAACAGUAACUUAAAUUAGAGGUAUGGAAAAUUAUGAUGAUACAAUGUAUGUGUUAAUGCUUGGUGGCCACUAGAAUGGUUCUAAGGCUUUUUGGGUCUUCCCACAAAAAUGUUCACGUAUAGUGAUUUUACAUACAACUUUAGGGGGUUCUCACAGGCCCUUUGAAGCUGAUCCAUGGACCCCAGUUUAAGAACUUUUACACUGGAGAAAGAUUAACAUGGAACACCAGUGGUAUUCUCAAGAAAGGGCAUAUGUGUAAAUGAUUAAUUGAGGACUUCCUUAACUGCGUGCAGUUAAAAAUCUUCCUUUGUUUAAUGAUUCACAGGUGUAAUACACUCCCCUGAAAUGCUGCAUGUAGGAAUUGCAUGUAUGGUCAUAUCAUCAUACCGUCCCUUCAUUAGUUCCGUUUACUAUAGUCACAAGCCAUAAACUAUACAAUUGAAUCACAUUAAUGUGGGCACUUAAAAACAUAGUUAAAAAAAAAAUAUACAACAUAAGUGUGGUUUAAUGUGAAACAGUCAGAAAUUUAACUGAGUCAUCUUAUAUUUACAAAUUUGAUUAGUGAUUUUAAAUUUAUAAAAAUUUUAAGGAGCUCUGGUCACACAGUGGUUAAGUGCUCAGCUGCUAACCAAAAGGUUGGCGGUUCAGACUGACAAAGUUGAAAAUAAGACUUUGGGGUAUAUCAUUCAUAUUUGAGGUAACUUUUCUUUGAGUUUUUGUUUUUCAAAUGUGUCUCACAAGUGCUUUUUUUUUUUUUAUAUGAAGUUCAUACAAAUCUUAUAUGGGGAAGUUUGAUAUAAAUCUUUGUAAAACUGACUGCCCCAAAAUGUAAUACUUAAGAUUUUUUUAAGAAAGAAUUAAAAACUUACAAAUAUCUGUAUGUGAUCUCUGCAAGUUCUGUGAUCACAUAAUAUUUAUGAAUUAGUAAUGGUUUUGAAAUUGAGGUAAUAAAACUAUAGCUGGAAGGGCCUUCAGAAGUUGUCAAGCCCAGCUCUCUUACUUUAUGUAGUUCAGGAAACUGAGACCAAAUAGCUUGUGACAACAGUAGAAUUGGCCUAAACUAAAUCUCCUGAUUUAGAUUUGUUUUUCUGUUUGCUGUGUAUUAGACUUCACGCUUCCAUAUUUAAUACAGGUGUAUGCUGUUUCUUUUGAUGACAUCUUUGACUUUACCUAAUAUAGUUAUGUUGUCUGAAAAGCAGAAAUGUUAUUUUCUUAAUUUUAACUUGUAUGAAAGAUACCAGUUUGUUGGUUUAAAAAGUUACAUCUGUUUUUCAGUGGGUCUGUAGAGUUAUUCUUUGUAUAUCAGUCAGUGCCUACUAUCUCUAAGGAACCAGGUCCCUCCCAAUGGGCUUACAGUUGAGUACCAAAGCAUGGCUAUUUUACCAUGGCUACUAGAUGUGAGUUCUGUUUUUUAGCUCUUCUUUUAGUUGAUGACCUUAAGCCUAUUAGUGUUUCUUUUCUUCCAAAAUUCAGGGCUUUAUUAUGAUGCCAUUAACACAUUUUCCUCACAUUACUUCAAGCCCCUGGGGGAAAAAAAAUUAACCAGAGUCUUUAGUAAGACUCUUUAUUUCAUAAUUUUGUAGUAUUGAUAUUUUUUCCUUGUAGGAUUGGUGGUGAUCCUCAGGAAAUGGGGGAAGAGGCAAAGCAAAUGUUCAAAAGGAUUAGCAGAUUGUGGAAAAAAGGAGGAUUUUGGACAGAAGGAACCUGUUGCAUAAAUUCUUAACUACUAAACUUAUAGAAAAACUUCAGUAUUUAAAAUUUUAACCAAAGCUAUAUAGCAUUAGGAUCUAUGGAAUAUUUUGACAACUGCAACAGUUCAAUGAAAUCUACAACUUACUGCUUUGUAAACUUCGCGGAGCAAGGAGUAAAUAAUGCUGAGAAAUUUGACUAUGUGAUGCAGUUUUUGAAUAAGAUGGCUGGCAAUGAAUAUGUUGGAUUCAAUAAUGCAACGUUUCAGUCCGAAAGAGAAAGUGGUGAUCGGAAUUUUGCGAUAGGAUAUUACUUAAAAGAAAAAAAGUGUUUUCCAGAAGGCACAGACAUGGUUGGUAUAUUAGACUUCUAUUUCCAGCUAUGCUCUCUUGAAGUGACUUGUGAAUCAGCCAGUGUGAUGGCUGCGACACUGGCUAAUGGUGGCUUCUGCCCAAUUACUGGUGAGAGAGUAUUGAGCCCUGAAGCAGUUCGAAAUACACUGAGUUUGAUGCAUUCCUGUGGCAUGUAUGAUUUCUCAGGGCAGUUUGCUUUCCAUGUUGGUCUUCCUGCAAAAUCUGGAGUUGCUGGGGGCAUUCUUUUAGUUGUCCCCAAUGUCAUGGGCAUGAUGUGCUGGUCUCCUCCUCUGGACAAGAUGGGCAACAGUGUUAAGGGAAUUCAUUUCUGUCAUGAUCUUGUUUCUCUGUGCAAUUUCCAUAAUUAUGAUAAUUUAAGACACUUUGCAAAAAAACUUGAUCCUCGAAGAGAAGGUGGUGAUCAAAGGGUAAAGUCAGUGAUAAACCUUCUGUUUGCGGCAUACACUGGAGAUGUGUCUGCACUCCGAAGGUUUGCUUUGUCAGCCAUGGACAUGGAACAGCGAGACUAUGAUUCCAGAACAGCACUCCACGUAGCUGCUGCAGAGGGUCAUGUUGAAGUUGUUAAAUUUUUGCUGGAAGCCUGCAAAGUAAAUCCUUUCCCCAAGGAUAGGUGGAAUAACACUCCUAUGGAUGAAGCACUGCACUUUGGACACCAUGAUGUAUUUAAAAUCCUCCAGGAAUACCAAGUCCAGUACACACCUCAAGGAGAUUCUGACAAUGGAAAGGAAAAUCAAACCGUCCAUAAGAAUCUUGAUGGAUUGUUAUAACGGUCUUAAUCCCAAGAUUUAAAUCACUUACCUAUUUAAUUGUGGAAAAUGAUUAUUAAGAAUGAACGUGUGUAUUUCUAUCUGGUAGGGAUGUAUAUUUUACGACAUUUGUCAUUUCAGUGUUACUGGUGUUUUCUUCACACUGUUACGCACAGGACAAAUCUGAUCUCUUUGGAAAAAAAUAGAAAUAAAACAAUCUUCCUCCAUAAUGUGAGCAAUAUUUACCUCGUGCAUUGUACAAUUUGAUGUAAAAGAAAUAGUUACCAACGCUAGCUUAACUGUGCGGUCUUCAUGAUUUUUUGCGUGUUUUGUGAACUUUCAGUUUAUGGUGAUGAUCUGCUGAUAUGCAUUUAUAAAUUAAGCUCUGUCCAAAAGGAUCAAGGCUGCCUUUAGAAACAAACAGUGUGAUUUUUCAAGACUUCAAAUAUAGAUUUAGUUUGAGUUUUGAACAACUGUACACACUUAGGGUUGUGUGUUUAAAAUGUCUCCUAUCACCCUAGCUUCAUAACGUGACUCUUCAAAGAUUAUAUUAGUUAACAACUGUUAGUAGGAUAGACCAGUCGUGAUUAGACUUUAUCAGGGAAUCUGUUUAAGAUAUGUUUGGCGACCAAAACGUGUGAAUGUAGUUACAAUACGUUUGAAAAUUUUUCCUUUUUCUAUAUCCCCUUAGUCCAGCCUCUUUUCCCAGACAUUUAGCUACUUGCCUGUUCCUUUAGCUGGGAAAGUGGAGCUGGCAUACUAUGCAGUCUUCAUGUUUUCCACAGUAACUCAGAAAAUGCCUCAUAUGUUUGGCAUAGAGCUAUAACUACACCAUUUGUCUAUAGAAGAUGAAGCAGAGACAAAUUACUAAGCCUAGUACAAAUCAAAUUCAUCAGUCUUAACAGUGAAAGGAUGUGCUACUUUAAGAAGGUAUUUUUCAGCUUCUAGAAUUCAGAAAUGCUCUAAGCUACCAAAGUUAUUCUGAUGGUAUGGGAACUGCUGCCAGUAACAUUUGUUUUUAAGUCUGUCAUUAAAAGUCUGUAUCAAGGUAUCUGUUUUCUCUGGGGGACCACUAGAUCACCCCAGUUUUCUUCUGAUUCCCUACUGUGUGAUUUUUGGUGGGCUCUAUAAUACUAAGAAGAGGCCAUUUCAUUUUAAAUUGAGACUUAUCACUUCUUUGUGCAUGAUUAAUUUGGAAAGUAGAUAAGAGAGACUCCAAAAAUGAAAGAACAGAAUUGCUAGGAACUGCACAGAUACUCUAUCAUAUCAUACCUCAAAAGAGACAGAGGUAUGUUAAUGAGGAUUUCAGAUUUUAAGCACACAUGUACACUCACACAAAUGGACUUCUUUGAAGCUGUGUUAAAGUGAAAUGAAUAGAAUCCUCAACUACAUGAAUGCUAGUGAUUACAACAUUAAUAUAGAAAUUUCCUGAUUUUUUUCUCUGUCAGCACAUAUUGCUGCUCCCAAGCUUUAUCAUGCCCAGUGGUACCUUAUAUACUCCAGCCAGCCUCCAGGGGUUUGGAUUUUUACUUCCAAUCUAAGUCAGUGGUUUAGACCAUCUUCCUCCCAGUACCUAGAUAGUAGCUCCUUUGGUGGAACUGUGGCCAGUGUUCUUUAACUGAGCUGUAUUAGGCAUGAAGACCAUUCCCACGUGCACACUUCUGUGGGGAGGGCAGAGGGUGGGCCACCAGCUUGGCUGCUGCUUUCCUGCCCCACAGAUCUAUCAUGCCAUGCAGAGCGGAGGCACAGGAGGCAUAAGCCCCCCCCACCCCGCAAAUAUAUUAUGAAAGAUAUAUUUUUAAUUGAAAACUGGAAUACCUUUGCUCAAACAGCAGCCUGCUUUGUGUGAUUAAGAUGGAAAAUUAAGAUGGUUCACUUGUGUGACUUGAUUACCACUGACUAUGAGACUUAAUAAAAAUAUAGUAAAUAAUAAUAAUAAAAAUAGUUCUAUUAUUUCGGAUCAAGGAGAGUUUUCAUUUUUUUCUCAGAUCAAAACUAUUUUUUAAAAUCUUUGUGGUUUAGCUAAAUGUGCCCUGAUUUACCCCUGAUGUUAUUUUAUGACUGUACACUGGUUUCUGCUCUGGCUGUUCGCUGUUGGCUGGUAAUAGCGAGUGCGUUUGGUUUAAAUGCUUGUUGACUGUGCUGCUAACUGCUGCCAUCAAUAUAAUACUCCAAAGAUCUUUCUGUUUUGGUUUUAGGAUCACGUGUGCUUUUUACGUAUCAUGAGAAUUCUAUACGGUCAGGUUAAUUUAAAGCUUUGUAUACACUUGUUUUUGCUGAUCUUGGUUCUAAUGAACUCACCUUUGGGUGUGACAUGCUGUACCCUAUCAACCCCAUGCUGCCCUUAUCUGCAGAGCUUGAUUGGCAAUUGACCAUUUGACACUGUUGUCUGUCUGGCAGUGACUGACCUGAUGUUGGAUUUAGGUUCUUCCUGGGGCUUACACAGCUAUGAAUGUAUUUGCUUCCAGAACUUCCCAUAAGUGAAUCUAAUCUUAAAACUAUAAGUUCUACGUAUUCUGAAAUUGGGAAAUAUUUAUUUUAAAUGAAAUCAGGUAGUAUUGCUUUUUACAGCACAAUAAAUACAUGUAUCAAAAAACUGUGUGAGUAGUUAAUUUUCUUCAUAUAACCAAGGUUUUCUCCUAUGUCGGUGGGAUGGGAACUCCGUGAGCCACGUCUAGUUGGUUCAAAUUAAGAAACCAUUUCUAAUGCCUGCUUUGAGCCAAGUACCAUGUAAAGUGUCAAGUGGAGGUGCUACAAUGAUUAAGACAAGAAUCCUGUAAGGAGUUCACCCUUGAAGAGGAGAGGAUGGGUAGGCACACUUCUAGUCCCCAAGAAGCUAACACUACCCUUUUACAGUGAGGAAGUGUUCAGUUAAUGUUGAAUGGAAUCGUUAAACCUAUGUCCUUCCUUCCAUAGCAGUGGUUCUAAUGAGAGGAGAGGUUACAUUCACAAAGCCUGGCCAUCUAUCUGGGGAGAUGACUUAGUGUUGCCACACUAGGAUAUGAGUUGGACCAGCUGGCAAACCUCAGCUCCCACUUGCUUCAUUUAUGUGUGCAAAUGGCAUUCAUUUCCAGUGCCAGAAAUCCCUGGUUCCAACGCACUCGGCACUCUUUCAUUUCACGUUUAGUUAGCGUACAGUUUUCUAACAUCGAUGAAGUCCAUAAAUAACAUGGCUGUUCUAUUUUCAUCUGUCAAAGCUGUUUAUCACAAAGUAAUCUGCUCUGCUAUAGAAGUCUAGUGUUACGCUGCCCAUAUUACUGACAUUUUAGAACUGGAAGAGACCUUAGAAAUUCUCUAAUCUAAUCCCAUUCAUUUUUAUAGAUGCAGCUGAGACCCAAGAGUGGGCUGUGAUACAGAAGUCUUCCUCCCAUGCUGCCUACAUCCUGCACCAUCCUGUGCCCUCCAUGGACACAUUAGCUACAUGCUGAUUAGCUAAGACUUCGCCUCGGCAGGGUUUUAAAGAGACAGAAAUACUACAUAUAUAGUCAACUUCAGCGAUACAUAUAUCCACCCACAGAUAGAAGCAUGACAUCACUGCAGGGGAAACAAACGCAUGAAUAAUGCCAAGGAGUGAUAAAUGAAGUUACAUUUAUUCCUGACACAACAAGAUCAUUCUAUUUUGGGGGGAUUUUUUUUAAGGGAGUGGGAUAAUUUUCCUAAUUUCACUUGCUAAUUCUUAUAGUAAAAUGAAUAAAUUCAUAAAUGAUAAAUCAGUCAGUGUAGGGAAGCAGUCCAUGAGUUUGUUAGAGAUUAGGUGGCACUUAAAAAAGGCUUUUUGGGAAAGGGGGAUUUUACAGUUAAAUAUGGAAAGGAUGUGAUUUACUAGAGAAGAUAUGUGUUUUGAGAUGAAAAGGAUUAGAAAAUUAAAGCUGUUAUAAAAAAUAGUAAGUUAAAACAACUGCAGAGAAGGCAUUAAAGGCAAAGAUGAGUUUUAUUUCCGUUCUGAAGGCUAACAGCACAGCCCUAACCUGAUUCCAGGCAGCUGUGUGCCCCAUCCCCACAGCUCCCUGCCUCUCCAAAGAGUCGAUAAAGAGCCUGCUAGAAGGUGAGCCAGACAAGCAGUCAUAACAGCAAAAGAAUAUCAAGACUGCUUCAUUCAUGUACAAGAAGGGAACGGCUGAAAACAGAUACCAACAACUGAGUAUUAAAGUGGUGUAAUACCAUUAAUGGAGUAUUAGAGAAUAAUUUGUAGUUUGAUAAUAUGUACGUGACAGCUUUCUACCUUUUAGGUAUCUAUACACAAUUUAAAUUUAGUAAGUUUAAAAUUGCUAAGUAUGGACUUUUUUUUUUU